CAGGGAAUUGUCAACGGGAUCGUCCUGACUUUUGACCCGUACCUUUCAUGAUCGAAGAGACGACCUGUCCAUCGAUUUCGUCCACAGGAUGGCGCCCUCGGCGGAGGCGCAAGAUCCUGGUGUGAUCCUCGAAGACUGGAUCCACCGCACCUCGAACCUCCACGAAGAGAUUCGCUUUCUGCAGAGCGAGAUACAAGACAAGGACCGCGUCUACAUGGAAUGCGUCAAGAGUAUCGAGGAGAGCGACGUUAAAGUUCAACGUUGGAUCCGCGCGAAUGGGAGCCACCAGCACAAUCCCAGAGAGGAGCUGCUGCGCAGCAACAUUCGUGAGAAUUAUGCCAAGGCAGACCGGCUGGCGAAUGAGAAGUUGGCUCUGUCGGAGAAGCUGCAGUUCCUGUUGGAGAAGCAUCUGCGCCAUAUGGACGGCCAGAUCAAGGUUCUGUACGAUCGAGGCGAGCCGGGCUUCACCGACCCGGACGAGUUGCCGUCUGUCCUGCGCCCCAGUGCUGCCAAUCACAGCAUCCCUAGCACCAAGUUCCCGACCACGGCCGCUUCCCAUCCGCUCAACCCCAUCCUCAACCAUGCGGCGCCCAGUGGGGCAAGAAUUUCGAAUCCGCAGGUACGAAGCACACAAUCACUAAUGCAUAACUCGGCUUCGGCACCAGCUACCCCAGCUACAAGCAUGAUCAUGAAUCGCAAGGAGCGCGAAUCCUCCGCGGGCCCUGGCAGUGGUGUCCCUAAGAGAGGGCCCCGAAACAACGGCAGUAUGGGAAAUGUGCCGCCGGCUUCAAGCGGCCUCGCGCGUCACUCGUCCAUGGGGCCUGGCACACCAAAGGCGGGAACUCCAGGCAGCACAGCGCGGGCAGGUAGCGUUGGACCGCGAGGAACCGUCAAAUCAGCCGGUGUCCGCAAGAGCACCCCGAGUGGCGCCACAGGGCGUAAGAAGCCCCCCAGCGCCAAAUCGGGCCUGAACCGUGUCAAACAAGCCGGUCGAUCUAAGGGCUCGCCGACUUCAACUCCCGAUAGCGAACUCUCUGAUGCCGAGUCAGCGCCUAGUUCGCGCGCAGCCUCUAGAGCAGGCAGCGGCACCCCGGCACCUGCUUCGGCUAACACUACUCAUCUGCCUCAUAAGCGACCACCCAAGCACCGUGAGCUUAAUAGCGACGAUGACAUAGUGGAUCGCGAUAGCAACGACGAUGCCAGCUCUGACAUUGACGAAGAUGAUGAAGAGGGCAAGAAGUACUGUCUAUGCCAGCACGUGUCGUAUGGCGACAUGGUGGCAUGUGACAAUCCGAAUUGUCCUUACGAGUGGUUUCACUGGAACUGCGUGGGGCUCAAGAGCGAGCCGCAGGGGCGCUGGUUCUGCCCUGAGUGCACCGAGAGCUUACGGAAGAAGGGCAAAUGAAAUCACAUGGUGAAUAGUUCAGACUGGGCGAAUUCUUUCCAUUUAUCCUACCCCAGCACCCAACAUACUUCAGCGCUUGUUGCUAUGCUGGAGCAUAUUGGCUGACUCCCUAACCCACGAGCAACCACCGCUGGAUCCUGUGGUCUUGCUGAUGUA